AUGGCAAAUUCUCAACCGGAAGAUGGACCACCUUCAAAAAGAAAACGCUUGAAUAUGCCAACUAAGCGUGGGGUCGCCAAUAUUGUAACAUCUGUUCAGAACUUGCUGAGAAAUUCUCAAUCAAACCCGAUAGGAGGAAGGUUCCUCAACAGAGGCGUUCUAAACAAGUAUAUUCUGACAUCAAAAAUAAUUUUUAGAAGUUUUUUUUCAGAGAUCUAUUUGGUCCAACGAAAAUCGACACGAAAAUUUUGGAACAGACGAUGGCGGAAAAAAUACAUAGGACAAAGGUUGGUCUGAAAUUAAUUUGAUUCUGAAGCCACAUUUUUUCAGAUAUUAACUAUGAACAAAUGCCAAAACUGCAGUGGACUGGAAGAUAUGAGAAUGAAUGCGGCGGAUCCAGCUAAAUUGAAAGAAAUCAAUGAGCAAAAGCUUAAGCAUUCGGAAGAAAUGCGGUAAGAAUUAAAAUUGUCGAAUAGUUCCUAUGAAAAAAUUUUUUUCCAGACAAACGCGCUCUGUUUUUGGCAUUUUGGAUGAUAGAUGUCGAGAAAAUAAUGGAAUACUCGUUAUACGAAUUGACGGUGCAUCAAACAAAGCUACAAAAAUUCCAAUAUUGGCUUACAAGCCCAAGUCAAUUGUAGAUGCCAACCGAAUUUCUUACACAAUGACAGGUGUACAAGUUCCAACUAAUGGUAAACCCGUUCGAUUUUUUUAUUGAAAUAAUUGUUUUUUCUAGGAUCAACGAAGUUUCAAACAUCUUGUUAUAUGAACUUGUGCGAUCGGUAUAAAAAAGGAUCAUCUUAUUAUUUUUCACUUGUUCUUGAUUUUUUGGUUAAGGUGGGAUACAGAGAUGGUUUAAACCUAAUCCUUGAAUUUCAGCUGGAUAAAAUGCCAACAAAAUUGUUCAUUAUUGCUGACAACGCAAGCCCGAACAAGUCAGACGAAUUGUUAGCUGGUUAUGGAUAUUUGUUGCAAUCAGUUCCGAAUUUGAAAUCGGUGACUUGGUUACUAAUAGUGAGAUUAUUUUCGAAAUUAAAUUCAGGUUACAUUGGUGAACAAUCUCGUCGGUCAUUCUCACAAUGAACUCGACGGAUAUUUCGGCGUGAUGAAUCAACAUUUAUCAACCAAAACCAUAUUUUCGACAACGGGUAUGUAACGAAUAAUAAAACACAAAAAUAGAUGUUUUCAGAUUAUGACAACGAACUGAAGAAAAUUAAAUCAACCAGAGAAGUCAAUAACGUAUAUAAUGUGUAUGACAUGAGUGGGUUGAAAUCGAAUGUUGUCCAUAUUCUUAAUCGUGGAACACACCAUCAGCUGCAUCUUUUCAAAGACGAUAAAAGUAAUUUUUGAACCAAAAAUUAUCCAUUAAAAUUAUGAAAUAUUUUUUCAGACGUAAUAAUGCAAUGCGUUGCAGAAUAUGCAACCACUGAAGCAUUUGAAAAAUUAUGUAAUAAUUCCGACCAAAUUCCUCUAUUCAAAGUAAGUUUGAUUUAUAUUUUUCUAGUAAAAAAAUACUUUUUAGGAUCAAAAUAUUGUCACACAAUUCGUUGCCCCAAUUGUCAUCCCUGAACUUGUCGAAACUGAAAAAUCUUUGAGAAGGCUCUUCAAAUCAGGACAAGGAUUUUUCAAACAUAGUCACCAGCAAUCGAUUUUGAAUCACUUGAAAAAUUAUAAAUCAGAAGGUAACUUUUUAUAGAAAAUGAAAAAAAAAGUCUUAUUUUAAGUAAAUUACUGUAGAUUUAAUUUUCAAGUUUCAUACUGUAGAUUACUGUAGAUUAUUUCUUGAAAUUUAGAAUGAAACUAAAAAAAAAUAAAUUUUCUGAAAACAUUUCAAAAUUUCCCCGAAAAAAAUUGAAAAAUAAAGUCACGUAAAUUUUAUUUUUUGCGUGAUCGAGGCAUCAUGCCUCAAAAUGCUUCGAUUUUUCGAUUUUCAACAAAAUUUUUUCGACAAAAAAAUUCAAAAAAACAAAUUGAAGUUUUCUAAAUUUUAAUUAUUUUAAGUAAAUUACUGUAGAUUCAAUUUCUCAAGUUAUACUGUAGAUUUAAUUUUUCAGAUUCUUACUGUAGAUUAAUUCUUCAAAUUCUUACUGUAGAUUCAAUUUUCCAGUUUCAUACUGUAGAUUACUGUAGAUUAUUUCUUGAAAUUUAGAAUGAAACUAAAAAAAAAUAAAUUUUCUGAAAACAUUUCAAAAUUUCCCCGAAAAAAAAUUGAAAAAUAAAGUCACGUAAAUUUUAUUUUUUGCGUGAUCGAGGCAUCAUGCCUCAAAAUGCUUCGAUUUUUCGAUUUUCAACAAAAUUUUUUCGACAAAAAAAUUCAAAAAAACAAAUUGAAGUUUCCAAAUUUUUAAUUAUUUUAAGUAAAUUACUGUAGAUCCAAUUUCUCAAGUUAUACUGUAGAUUUAAUUUUUCAGAUUCUUACUGUAGAUUAAUUCUUCAAAUUCUUACUGUAGAUUCAAUUUUCCAGUUUCAUACUGUAGAUCCAAUUUCUCAAGUUAUACUGUAGAUUUAAUUUUUCAGAUUCUUACUGUAGAUUAAUUCUUCAAAUUCUUACUGUAGAUUCAAUUUUCCAGUUUCAUACUGUAGAUUACUGUAGAUUAUUUCUUGAAAUUUAGAAUGAAACUAAAAAAAAAUAAAUUUUCUGAAAAAAUUUCAAAAUUUCUCCGAAAAAAUUGAAAAAUAAAGUCACGUAAAUUUUAUUUUUUGCGUGAUCGAGGCAUCAUGCCUCAAAAUGCUUCGAUUUUUCGAUUUUCAACAAAAUUUUUUCGACAAAAAAUUCAAAAAAACAAAUUGAAGUUUCCGAAUUCUAGGUUCACUUUUCCAAUUUGCGAGUCAACAAAUUAACAUUAAAAGUUACAGAUUUCGAAGACACUAUCAAACAAUUGCGCGACAAGCCUGCUUAUCCAUUAUUUGUAACAACUACCACAUCUGAAACCGUUACACAAUAUUUGGAGCGACACGGAUACAUCGCAACAAACUUACCGAAACCGCUCGUUGUGCAGAAAUCGAAAUAA